CGGUUACGCUACGGUCCCACCCUGAUUCAUAAAUGUAAAGGAAGUAAACUCGACGGCAAUUUAAAUUUAAUUUUGAAUUUGACGUCGCGAUUUGAUUGUAAAUACGCAGAUAAGGCCGCCCAAUGAAAGUGCAAAUAGCAGUGGUAUCGCGACGUCCAUCGCAGUGACUAUUAUCUCGACCGUUUCGUUCGCCCGCGACGCCCUUUGAGUUCAACGCAUUCAUAUUUCCAAGUGCAGAUUUUCUUUUUGUUUUGCCCGCAGUGACCGCGCGCUGCAAUCAAAGCAGGGGCAAGUAUACAUAUCCCGAUCCGCUCCACCACAGGAUACGGAACAAGGACCAGAUAUGGACACCAGUGGCGGCAAUUUAGAUUCCCUGGACGACACGGAACCGUUGCCGGAGCUGAGUUUUGAAGACUUUUUGGAGCCAACGUCGGACAAGAGCUCCCAACACAUGGAAAUCGAUGCCCUGGACACGGAUGACGACGACGUCGACGCUGAUGAGUUGGCCGAUCCUGCCAACGAUUCCCUGAACACGCCACAGUUCAAGAGGAACGUGGUGCACAUAGUGGAGGACAAACGGUUGCCCCCGGCCGGAGUAACCGUCUUGAAGUCGCACGCCAUCAAAGUGGUGACUGCCGGAGGCCCCUCGCCGGUCAAGUCGCAAAUCCCGGACGUCAAAAUCUUAAACAAACUAAAACCGAUACCCAGCAAUACCGUUAAGAUCGGCAGCACCACCAUCGCCACUACGUCCACGCCACGCACCAUCACCAAGACCCUGAGCAAUAUGACCCAGAUCAAGACGAAAGAUGGUCAGGUAAUCUUCGUCCAGAAGUCUGUACCUGGAACACAAAGCAGUGUCACGGUGGCCGGGUCACCGAGCGGUGGAAUACGACGCGUCGUUGCGCCGUCCAGUAUCCAAAAGGCGGUCCUCUCCAAGGGAGUGACCUUGGCAAGCACGGGUCUGGUCAAGGCGGCUGUGCCGGGAAAAGCAGGCCCCUCCACAACAGCCAUCACCAUAAAAGGCAUUACACCGCUGGCCGGAGGCAGUGCCAAGGUAGGGUCUUCCGGCACCUCUUCCAACACAUCUACGCCCUUAGCACAGCCCACCAAAAUCCAUGUGAUGCGCACUACCGACGGCAAGAUCAUUAAGAUUAAUCAGACUGGUUCCUCGUUGCUGCUGAAUACUAAACAGCCAGGAACUACGGGCUCCUCGGGAAGUUCAGCCGUCAGUACUGUCAAACUAUCGCCCUCCUCGGGAAAUGUGGUGCUAAGCAAACCCGUGGGCCAAGUAGUGGUCAAGACAGCAGCUCCUGCAAAGCAAGUUUCGACCACGACGGGCUCCAUUUCCAGUACGACCACAAACGCAACACCCGGCAAGAUGUUGGUUCAAAGUGGUGGCAAACAGAUCCUUGUGCCCAGCAAGAACAUAAUCAAGCUUUCACCGAAUGCGGGGGCCACCAGUUCUUUGACCAACACGGCUGCAGAACAAACAGCUUCUCCCACGAGCGGAUUGCAUGCUAUCCAGCUCCCUGGCAAGGGAGGUGUACAAUAUGUUCGCGUGCUGACCAACAACAAGAGUGCCUCCGGAACGAGUGCAACAGUGGCUAUGCCUAAGACCAUGCAAGCCCAUAAGAUUACUGCGGUGCGGUCUCCGGCUGCUACUAGCACACCUGCCACAUCUACUUCGACAUCGGCAGCAGCUGCUCCUGCAACAGCAGCGCCAAAGGCAAACACUUCAAUGGGAAGCACAAACAAGAUUGUAAUGCGGACAACAGGCGGGAGCAUUGUGCCCUUGCCCUCUAUGCAGACUUUGGUCUCCAAGCGAGCAAUGGGUACCAACACGGGCGCCAACACCAACGCCUCCAAGUCAGCCAGUACGGUCAACAGUACCAGUAGCAGUAGUCCUAGUGGCAGCCAGGAGUCGCCUCGCAAACACCGGCUUACUGAUCUCAACGUGCAGAUCAAGCAUUUGACCUCCGCCAGCAGUGAUGGCAGCGACAGUAGCGACACGGGACCAGAGGCGAAGAAGCCGCGCUACGUGAUCACCAUGCAGCAAGGAUCACAACAGACUUCGCAGCCAGCUCAAAAGCUUAUCAGUCGGCCAACGAACGUGCAACGUGUGGUGGCUAGCAACACCAGUCCCAACGCCCCAAAGAAAAUCUACAACUUUGUCAAAUCGACGGGAACCAACGGGGUCAAGUACAUGAUCUGUAACUCGGGUGUACCCCAAUCAUCGACCAGUGCUAUGCGACGGGGCUACACCGGCUAUGUGGACAACAAGCUGCGGAGAACGCUCUCCGUUUCCUCGCAGCAACAUCGCUUCAAGCAGAUGAGUCCCCAGCAGCAGACAAAGCACCUGCAACUUCAGGCGCAGGCCAAGCAAAGGAUAAGACAGCAACAGCUGCAGACUCAACACCAAUCGGUGUCAAUCAGGGUGGAACCGAAGCUUCCAACACAGACUUCAAUUCAGAAGCAAACUGUUCCCGCCAAACCGCUUUUUGACAUCCUGAAGCCUCCGGCAACAGGAGCUGCAGGCGCCACCGAUGCGGUGGGUAUGACUUCGCGACGGAAGCACUGCAACUGCAGCAAGUCGCAGUGUUUGAAGCUCUAUUGCGACUGCUUUGCCAACGGCGAGUUUUGCCAGGAUUGCACCUGCAAGGAUUGCUUUAACAAUCUGGACUACGAAGUUGAGCGGGAGCGAGCCAUCCGGAGUUGCCUUGAUAGAAAUCCAAGCGCCUUUAAACCCAAAAUUACGGCCCCCAAUUCAGGUGACAUGCGUCUGCAUAACAAAGGUUGUAAUUGCAAAAGAUCGGGCUGUCUCAAAAACUAUUGCGAAUGCUAUGAGGCAAAGAUUCCCUGCACCAGUAUAUGUAAAUGCGUGGGUUGUCGAAACAUGGAGGACCGUCCGGAUGUGGAUAUGGACUCGUUGGACGGCUUAAUAGGAACCAAGGGUUCAAAAAAGGACAAAGCGAAUGACAAGCACUCGCACGAAAACCGCGCAAACAUGUACUUUACAGACGACGUCAUCGAGGCGACCAUCAUGUGCAUGAUAUCGCGAAUUGUGAUGCACGAGAAACAGAAUAUGCCGGUCGAGGACACGGAGCGCGAAGUGAUGGAGGAACUGGGCGAAAGCCUUAACCAAAUCAUCACCUUUGCAAAGGAAAAGCAUGAUACUUCUCAGCUAGAUGAGUCCAAGGCAACUUCUUAG